AUGGAUGAGGUGUUGGGGCAGAAGCCGUCCAUCAACCCUCCAGUCCUAAUCGCCUCCAUCCCUGAUGCCAGACCAGGGCCAAGCCAGGCCAGAGAGCAGGAGCCGGAGCAGGAGGAGGAAGAGCCAGAGGCGGAGCAGCAGAGAGGAACGGGAAGGAAUAGGAAGAGGGAGAGCGAGCUGGUGGAGCUGUACAGGGAGGAUCUGAGGAUGCAGAGGGAGGAGGAUGAGCGGCGGGCACAGGAGAAGAGUGCCAAUUUUGACAGGCUGUUUGGCCUCCUCAAGAACUAUUUUUGUUUGAUUUACAUUUCGAAAAAGCCCAUAAAAGUAUAA